CGUGGCUGAACCACAGUCAGCAUGAAACGCGCACCAGCCACUGUCUGUGCAGCGCUGAUCCUACUAGACCUCGUGGUCCGGGCGGAUCAGGGGUGCAGGCCCGGUCAGACAAAGAUGGAGGACUGCAACGUAUGUACAUGUCUCUCUUCCCGUAUCUGGGCAUGUACCAACUUGAAAUGCCGCGACAAAAGAGGAACGCAGGUGGCGCAGAAGAAACUGCCUCAGUUGGUGCAGAAGAAACCACCGCCGACUGAAGACGGGAAAUGCUGUGUCCCCAACACAACAUACAUGGAGGAAUGUAAUGUAUGUUUAUGUGACGAAGACGGGAUAGGAGCAAGUUGUACACUCGCUGGCUGUAUUGGAGAUUGGGGCGAGACCGCCGAAGCCGGCCCAGAAGAAACCGCCGCCGACCGAGGAUGGGAAAUGCUGUAUACCCAACCAAACAUACAAGGAGGACUGUAACGUGUGUUUGUGUGCAGCGGAUGGGAUAGGAGCAACCUGUACUCUACGCGCCUGUGUUGGAGAUAAUUGGUAAA